AUGAGCGACGGGCGGAUGAAACCCCGGCCGAGUAUAUCUGAAGAGUUCUCUAAGUCCGACUCUGUUUACUACCGAAAACCCGGAAACGAGUCAGUCAUCGGAGCAGGAACAUACGGCAAGGUGUUCAAAGCUAUUCAUGUUUAUACUAAGAACAUGGUCGCACUGAAGAAGAUACGUAUGGAGACUGAAAAGGAUGGGUUCCCUGUUACAGCCGUCCGUGAGAUUAGGCUACUCCAGCACCUCCAGCAUGAGAACGUCGUCUCUCUGCAGGAGGUUAUGGUAGAGAAAAACGAAUGCUUCAUGGUUUUCGAGUACCUCUCUCACGACCUGACUGGUCUCAUCAAUCAUCCGACUUUCUCCCUCUCACCCGCCCAUAAAAAACAUCUUGCACGGCAAAUGUUCGAUGGUUUAAACUACUUACACCACCGCGGGGUGCUUCAUCGAGAUAUCAAAGCCGCCAAUAUUCUCAUCAGCAAUCAAGGACAGCUGAAAUUUGCCGAUUUUGGCCUCGCGCGGUUCUUCUCAAAGAGUCGUCAGCUAGACUACACCAACCGCGUCAUCACCAUCUGGUACCGUCCACCAGAACUCUUACUGGGAGAAACUCGGUAUGGACCAGCGGUCGAUAUUUGGAGCGCCGCAUGUGUGUGGAUGGAGAUGUUUACCAAGAAAGCCGUGUUCCCCGGUGAGGGUGGCGAGAUCAGUCAACUUGAAAAGCUGUACAAUUCUCUGGGUACUCCCACCCGUGCUGACUGGCCUGACAUUGUUGAAAUGCCGUGGUUUGAGUUAUUACGUCCAACAGAGCGGAAACCACGCACUUUCGAAGAUGCUUAUAGAGAUGUCUUGUCUCCCGCAGCUUUGGAUCUCGUCGCCAAAAUGUUUCAGUAUGAUCCUGUGAAAAGACCCUCUGCCGAGGAGGUUCUGACACAUCCAUACUUCACUACCGAGGAACCCGCCCCCCAACAGGCUAUUGAACUCGCAUCUGUCGAAGGAGACUGGCACGAAUUCGAAUCCAAAGCCCACCGCAAGGAGAAAGACAAAGAAGCUCGUCGCGCAGAGUAUCAGCGCGAAAAGGAAAAGCGUAGAUUUUCCUUCCUUCGAAUUUCAUACUUGGAGAUACAAAAAGGAAAUGUGAUAUAG